UGUAUCAAAGAUGAAGUGGUUUGAAGUUGUUACCCUUGCUGUGUGCGUCCUCGUACCCACCGCUCACUCCCAAUCAAAAGCCUGGUGUUAUCACCUCCCAUCCUGCAAUGACACAACCUGGCCAACAAUUUUCCCGGAGUAUUGCAACGGCACCCGACAGUCACCCAUUGACAUCGUCUCAGCAUCAGCCACACCGAACGCCAAUCUGACUGAAUUCACUUUUGUGAAGUAUGACGACACCUCCGCAAUGACGUCAAUGACAAAUACUGGCGACACAGUCAAAGUGACCCUUGAGAGCGGAGUUAAGAUUUCAGGAGGGGACCUGUCCGAGCAAUACGACAGCCUCCAGUUUCACUUGCACUGGGGUAAUGGCUCCUCUGUCCCCGGCUCAGAGCACACAGUGGAUGGAAAGCGCUAUCCUAUGGAGCUGCAUAUUGUGAACAGCAAGUCAUCCUACAAUGGAAAUACAAAUCUAGCCGUCAAAGACUCCACCGGACUUUCAGCGCUUGGUUUCUUUAUCGAGGUAAUGUCAGGCAACUCAACUGGCCAGCCGGAUAGCUGGCACAAUUUGGCUUCUUACUUGCCCAACAUCACAGAAAAAGGCCAGAACGUUUCAAUUGCAGCCGGGUUUUCCCUGGACGACCUGCUUGUCGGUGUGGAUCGCACUAAGUAUUACCGCUACCUUGGAUCCUUGACGACCCCCGCUUGUCAGGAGGCGGUGGUCUGGACCGUUUUUAAGGAACCAAUUAAAGUCAGUAAAGAUCUGAUUGACCUCUUCAGCACCACACUGCACUUCAACGACAGUUCAUCACCAAUCAUGAUAAACGUCUACAGAAGCCUGCAGCCUGCACAGAAAGUCUGGACUCAGAGCAUCAAGGCCUCCGCCUCCACAACCUGCUUCUCCCUGAGCCUGCUACUUCUCAGUCUUGUACUGGGCUCGAGUUGGAGCUAAAAUAGAAAGAGGACAUCAUCAGCAA